GGGGCUUCCUCGAGUUCCGGAGUCGAGUCGCUGGCCGCCUUGGCUGGAGCGAGGAUGCAGCCGCCGCCCCGAAAAGUGAAGCCGGCCCAGGAGGUGAAGCUUCGCUUUCUGGAACAGCUGAGCAUCCUCCAGAGCCGGCAGCAGAGGGAGGCGGACCUGCUGGAGGACAUCAGAUCCUACAGCAAGCAGCGGGCAGCCAUUGAACGAGAGUAUGGGCAGGCACUCCAGAAACUGGCUGGGCCAUUCCUGAAGAGGGAAGGGCAGCGAAGCGGGGAGACAGACAGCAGGGGCAGGACAGUGUUCGGUGCCUGGCGCUGCCUGCUCGAUGCCACCGUGGCUGGGGGUCAAACCCGGCUCCAGGCGUCCGACCGAUACCGUGACCUAGCAGGGGGCGCAGGGCGGAGUGCCAAGGAGCAGGUGCUUAGGAAGGGAACAGAGACCCUCCAGAGGGCGCAGGCGGAGGUGCUGCAGUCUGUCCGGGAGCUGAGCCGAAGUCGGAAACUGUAUGGGCAGCGGGAGCGUGUGUGGGCCUUGGCACAGGAGAAGGCAGCUGAUGUCCAGGCCAGGCUGAACCGAAGUGAUCACGGCAUCUUUCACUCUCGGACCAGUCUCCAGAAACUCAGUACCAAGCUGUCUGCCCAGUCGGCCCAGUAUUCCCGGCAGCUGAGAGCAGCCCGCAACGAGUACCUGCUCAACUUGGUGGCCACCAAUGCCCACCUUGACCACUACUACCGGGAGGAACUGCCAGCCCUGCUCAAGGCCCUGGUUAGCGAGUUGUCGGAGCACUUGCGGGACCCCCUGACCUGUCUGAGCCGCACCGAGCUGGAAGCUGCAGAGAUGGUCCUGGAGCAAGCGCGCCAUGGGGGGCAGGCAGCCAGCCAGGUAAACUGGGAGCAGGAUCUGAAGGUGUUUCUUCAGGAACCUGGGGUGUUCUCCCCCACCCCCGCUCAGCAGUUUCAGCCAGCAGGCACUGAUCAGGUGUGUGUCCUGGAGGGGGAAGCAGGAGAAGUGGCUGGGGAGAGCGGCUUGGAGAAGGAGAUUCAGCGCUGGACCAGCAGGGCUGCCCGUGAUUACAAGAUCCAGAACCAUGGGCAACGGGUGCUGCAGCGACUGGAGCAGAGGCGGCAGCAGGCUCCGGAGCGGGAGGCUCCAGGCAUGGAACAGCGGCUACAGGAAGUGAGGGAGAGCAUCCGGAGGGCACAGGUGAGCCAAGUGAAGGGGGCUGCCCGGCUGGCCCUGCUGCAGGGAGCUGGCUUGGAUGUGCAGCGCUGGCUGAAGCCAGCCAUGACCCAGGCUCAGGAAGAGGUGGAGCAGGAACGACGGCUCAGUGAGGCUCGGCUGUCCCAGAGGGACCUGUCCCCGACGGCUGAGGACGCGGAGCUUUCUGACUUUGAUGAAUGCGAGGAGACGGGGGAGCUCUUUGAGGAGCCUGCCCCGCCGGCCCUGGCCACCAGGCCCCUCCCCUGCCCUGCACACGUGGUGUUUGGCUAUCAGGCAGGGCGUGAGGAUGAGCUGACCAUCAUGGAGGGUGAGUGGCUGGAGGUCAUAGAGGAGGGAGAUGCUGACGAAUGGGUCAAGGCUCGGAACCAGCACGGCCAGGUAGGCUUUGUCCCCGAGCGGUAUCUCAACUUCCCGGACCUCUCCCUUCCUGAGAGCGGCUGUGACAGCGACAAUCCCUCGGGGGCAGAGCCCACAGCAUUUCUGGCCUGUGCCCUGUACAGCUACACCGGACAGAGUGCAGAGGAGCUGAGCUUCCCUGAAGGGGCCCUCAUCCGCCUGCUGCCCCGGGCCCAGGAUGGCGUGGACGAUGGUUUCUGGAGGGGAGAAUUUGGAGGCCGUGUGGGGGUCUUCCCCUCCCUGCUGGUGGAGGAGCUGCUUGGCCCUCCAGGGUCAACUGAACUCUCCGAGCCUGAGCAGACGCUGCCAUCCCCUUCACCUCCCAGCUUCUCCCCUCCUGCACCUGCCUCGGCCUUGGACGGCCCCACCGCACCUGUCCUGCCUAGAGCCCUGGACUGCCCUGGACCCCUGGACAUGAUGGCACCUCGACUCAGGCCGAUGCGUCCACCGCCUCCCCCGCCGGCUAAAGCCCCAGAUCCUGGCCACCCAGAUCCCCUCACCUGAAGGCCCGGGGAGUCACUGCCCACAGUGAUGCCAUUGCCCCGUCUCCAUGCUAUCAGAGACCACCCCCUCGAUGAUCCGGAACAACACAGCCCAAAGCUGGAAUCUCCCCCACGUCUACUCUCACCUGUAGGGGUAGAAACGUCCCCUUUCCCCAUUUGGGGGCAGAACCCCCAGUUUCCCCCCUUGUCCUCCCGACAUCACUCAGGCUGGAGCUACUCCUUUCUCUUCCUCUGCCACCUGUCUUAGGUGGGGAACUAGCCUGGGAUCUCUGAUGCUGGAGCCCAUGCCCCAAGGUCCGGAGUGGCUGUGGCCCAUCUCUUUCCACCUGGCUCCAUGAGCCACCCCAGUCUGGCUGCUGGAGAUGCUGGGUGGGGCUGGGAGGGGAGCAGGCCUUGGGAAUCAGAAGGAGCUGGAGCCAGUAUGCAAAGCAGCUGUGAUGGUCUGAGCAGAUUUAUUGACAGUGAAUAAAGGGCACGAAGGCCAAGGCAGGACCUGGGCCUGUUGUGCCAAGAGGGCAAGGGACCUACGGUGCUAUUGCUUUAGGGGCCCACCAAGGGCAGGGGCCCGCUCCCAGCUGCCACGCUCUAGCAUGUGGAGCGGGGUGUUGGGCAAGGAGGGCCAGGCGGCCUGUUGGCCAGGGAAGGGGGAGGAGGCUGAGGGGCUGGGGAUGGGUGAGGCUUCUCCUGAGGUCCCCCAGCCUGACGCUGUGCCAUUCCAGGUGGAAGCAGAGCUCGUCCUUCAGCUAGGGGGCAGCGCUGUCCAGCGGAGGGGAGGGCCUUCACGCCCACCUGCCCCCGGCCCUGCCAGCUGGUGGUCUGUCAGGGUGAUGAGAAAUGGGGCUUGGGGGAGAGAGAAAGGGUAACAGUGCGGCUCCUGUUCGGUCUGGGUCCCAGCUUCUCCCCAGGAGCUUCAGGAGCUUCCCUGUUCCCUGGAGCAGGUGCCCACUCCCACCUCCAAAGCAAGGGAUGUGUAGCAGAGGCUAAGUGUGCCCAUCACCCUGAGGGCUCAGGGGACUGAGGGGCCUGAAUGUUUUAAUUGGGGUAGGACAAUGCCAUUACCUGAUCUGGGGCUCAGGCAGACUCGCGUCACACACCCCCUGUUCCACGUGGCAGAGACACCUGAGCCAAGAGGAGGGGUCACUUCAGUGCCCCCCAGGGAAAGAGGCGAUCAGAGCUGAGCCUGCUGCUGCCUUGGCCAUGUCUUCAUACCUGGUAAUCUGAGGUGUCCGGCUUGCUCGGCUGUCCGUUUGCCUCUUGCCUGGGCAGUCCUGGGCUUGGUCCCCUCCCUCUGGCCCCUAGUGUCAGCUCUGCAGAGGCUCCAGGGUUCCCCUCCAGUGUACAAGGGACUCGGCUGCUGUCCCUAAGUCCUCCAUUCUGCACUGGGGGACUGGCUAGGGCCUGCGGCUGCGGUGCCUCAGCAGGCAGCCUCUCUGUGGCAGGCAUCCCUGCCCUGGGCUGCCCUCCUCCAGACCCCUGGCCACCUCCUGGGUCCUGCCCCCCACCAGAGCCCCAGCUUCUGUCUGUGGGGGAGCCAUCGCGAUGCUCAUGUGACCCAUAGCGCUUCUCAAUGUGUGUCACCCGGAACCUAGAGGUGGGGAGACAGAAGAGGAGCUCAUUGCCACAACCCCGAGUGCUGGGCCCUCCCCUCUGACCAGGGACAUCCUGGGUUUCAUGGCCACUUCCCUCUGGCCCAGGGCAGAGCAGGCCUUGUCGGAUGGUGGGCCUGACUCCUGCUGGAGGUCCCAGUCCAGGAGGAAAGAGCUGGGGCUCACCUUUGGGGUCAGGUGUCUGAUCAUCGGGGCCCCCACCUCAGGCCCUGUUUCCCGGGGACACUCUAGCCCUACCUGCCCACAGAGAACACAGUGGUCUCCCCAGGCCGGGGGCGGCUUUUCCCUUCCUUGGAGCGUCCCUGCCGGACAAGCGGGGGCCUCUUGUUGCGGCUGCAGUGGAUGCAAGGGGCCGCAGAGCCCAGGUGCACUGUGUGAUGAUGGGAAGGGGCUCCGUCUUGCAGGCUGGAAGUGGCAUCCACACUGGACAGUAGGGAAGAGCAGAGCAGGAAUGUUGUCUCCGUUUCCCUGUCUAUCCCAUUUCCUACUGUCUUCACAUCUCCAAGGCCCCUAAAACCCAACGUGUUCCUUCUUGUCUUUAUCUAAUAAACUCGAU